AUGAUUUUCUUUAUGGUCAUGCCAGCUUUAAUCGGAGGAUUUGGUAAUUUCCUGCUACCAUUAGGACUAGGAGGACCUGAUAUGGGAUUCCCUAGACUUAAUAAUAUUAGUUACUUAAUGUUAAUUCCUAGUAUAGUUCUAUUCUUAUUUGCAGGUGCUAUAGAAAAUGGAGUAGGUACAGGUGGUCCAAGUGUGGAUUUAGCUAUAUUUGGAUUACAUCUUUCUGGUAUAUCAUCUCUUUUAGGUGCUAUGAAUUUAGGAUUAAAUGUAUUUCUUACAUAUUUAAGACAUUCAACAAGCUUUCAAUUGACAGUUAAUAAAUGUUACUUUAGUAGCAAUAAACCAAAAUAUAUGUUUAAAAACAACUCUGAAAAAGAUAAUAAUUAUGGUGAGGAUAACAAUGGAAAAGACAAUAACUCUAAAAAAAAGGGUUCUCCUGAAAACAAGGAUAAACCUAAAUUGGAUAAUCGUUGA